AUGUCAUCAUGUUUUUCAGAGUAUAAAGAUACAAUUCAAGAAGGUGACCUCGCAUUGAUUUGGAUAUCAAGAGAUAACACGAAAGCAAUCACUAUUGACUCCAAAGAAACAUUUAACACCCGUUAUGGUUCAUUUCCUCAUAAGGACAUGAUCGGUCGUAAAUACGGUUCACAAAUCGCCAUCCGUACCAAAAAUACCAACAAAUUCGCAUUCAUUCACGUCCUCCAACCUACCCCAGAACUAUGGACUUUAUCAUUACCACAUAGAACACAAAUCGUCUAUACUCCAGAUUCAUCAUACAUUAUGGAAAGAUUGAAUUGUAACCCUAACACAUCGAGGGUCAUCGAAGCAGGGACAGGAUCAGGUUCCUUCUCUCAUGCAUUCGCAAGAUCAUCAAAACGUUUAUUCACUUUUGAAUUCCAUAAGAUUAGAUUCGAACAAGCAAUGAAAGAAUUUCAAGAACAUGGUUUAUUAGAUGAUAAUGUUACCAUCACGCAUAGGGACGUAUGUGAAAAUGGAUUCACCAUUAAUAAGGAGCGUGAUGUUACUUCAUGUCAAGAACCUGGGGACGUUCAAUUGAAUGCAAAUCUUAUAUUUUUGGAUUUACCUGCACCUUGGGAUGCUAUACAUCAUUUAGAUAAGGUUAUUGCAAAAGAUGAGAAAGUUGGGCUUUGUUGUUUUUCCCCAUGUAUUGAACAAGUGGAUAAGACAUUGGAAAGUUUGGAAAGGAACGGGUGGACAAAUGUAGAAAUGGUCGAGAUUCAAGGUAGACAAUAUGAAAGUAGAAGGCAAAUGGUGAGAACUUUGGAUGAUGCCUUGGGAAGAUUAAGAGAUAUCAAGAGAAGGAAGAUUGAAGGUAUGGAGAGACGUAAAAGACAAUUGGAAUCUUCCAUGACUGAGGGAGAAAUAAAGAAUGAAAAUGAAAAACAACCAUUAACGGAAAAGAGUGAAUUCAAUCCAUUCGGGAAAGGUUCUAGAAUAAAGGAAGGUGAUCCAAAUUAUAAAUGGAAACAAGUCACUAAGAUAGAAAGUGAAAUCAAAUCACAUACGUCAUAUUUAACAUUUGCAUUCAAAAUUGUAGAUAAAUCAAGGAAAGAAGUUGCAAAAAAAUAA